AUGAGGACCCCAUCGCUGCUCCUCCUCGCCAUCCUGCUCGGCGCCGCCGCCUCCCUCCAGUCAGCCGCCGACACCACCGAGCUGCUGCUCGGCCCAGCGAAGACCACCCACCUGCACUUCUUCCUCCAGGACACCCUGAGCGGCAAGGACCCGAGCGCCGUCCUCGUCGCCCGCAACCGCAAGCCCAAGCCCGACGACCCGGUGCCCUUCGGCUCCCUCUACGCCACCGACGACGUGCUCACCGAGGGCCCCCAGCGGGAGUCCAAGGUGGUCGGGAACGCGCAGGGCCUGUACAUCUCGUCCGGGAGGCCCCAGCUGUCGCUCGUCCUCGGCAUGGACUUCGAGCUCACCGAGGGCCCCUUCAACGGCAGCGCCUUCGUCGUCUACUCGCGGAACACGGUCGCCGAGCACCCGGUCGGGAGGGAGCUCGCCAUCGUCGGCGGCCGCGGCAAGUUCCGGAUGGCCCGGGGCUACGCCUUGCUCCGGACGCAUUACCUGGACAACAACAAUGGCGACGCCAUCGUAGAAUACAACGUCACCCUUCAUCACCAUUGAAUUGCUUGUAAAUUUUGUGUUUGCAUUGUAGCACAAUAAGGCUAGAUACCUUACUUGCAUUGUUCGAUCUGGUUCUGGUUUCAGUUUGCUCGAUCGUCUAAAAUGCAGCAUGGAACUCUAGACAUGUUCGUGACAUUGCAUUCAUGGAGU